GCGAGAGAAGGUUUCUUUGGGACAAUACAGUGAGUGAAUACACUGAUCGGAGCAAGAGAAUCGAUGCAUGGAAGGAAAUCGCCAAUGAGACGCUCGUGAUACAUCCAACACUUGCGCAAGUUAUUGCGCAACGCCGGUACACCAAGUGCAUGGAAGCCUUUAUCGCGCCGAGAAAGCUUGUUGCAUAGAGCCGCUUUUGCGAACGACCGUAUAAAAUGAUUCAUUUAUUUACGCUGUUAUAUAACGCGUGCUCGAAUUAAUUUAUCAUCGAGACGUUUCUGAAGUAAUAAGAGAACACAAAUGCAUGUCUUAUCGUGGGGCUUGCAUUUAGGUUGGAUGUGACUUGAUGACGGUGGAGAGGAAAUUGAAGAGCCUGAAGACUCAUUUCAUGUCGGUUCACAAAGCUUACGCGAAACGUAGACUCAAGGCCGAUCCGAAUUUUGGCAGUGUUGUCAAGCCUAAGUGGUUCGCUUAUGACGCCCUAACUUUUCUGGUUAGAGGACGUACAUCACGUAUUAAUCGCGAAAUAUCGAACGUUGAAAAGCAGAAUCCCGCACCCGCUUCUAGUUGGAAAUCGCAGGAGAUUUCGACACAAAACCGUGACGAAUUCACAGUUUUUGCCGAACACGUCGCCAUCCGGCUAAAGAACAUAACGGACGUGCGUGCAAGACUUGUCGCGCAACAUCAGAUAAACAAUAUUCUGUUUGAAGCUGAAAUGGGAAAGUAUAACAUGCAGUCGUCUUACAAUUCAACGCAUAUCAUGGAACACUUGGACGAGCCCUCGACGUCGAACGAGGAGAAAGUAAUCAUAAAAAUGUCCCAAACAAUGUUCACAGAUUUUUGUAUAGCUGUAAUAUAUUACUACACGGUCAUUAAAAUAACAGUCUUUUCUCGUUACUACAUACAUACUCUAUUUUGAAGAAGAGUCUUCCAAAGAUCGCGAAAGCAUUUGGCAUGUUCGACCGAUGUUCGAACAUGCUCGACUAGGCAUAGCUCUAUUUAUGUACUUUUUGCUGGCGUGUCAUAUCUUUCGUACCGUUACAACCGUGAAAACGGCGUCAAAAGACAAUUUCCGACACAGUCAACUGAGUACUGACAAGACACAAUGCACGUGGAAAAUCUGCGAUGGCAUGUAUGCCAUUUUUAGAUCUUAAAUCUACAUAUUGCAGCACAUUACAAUACUUAAAUUAAUGAAUUGCGCACAUUUAGUUAUUUAUGAUAAUUAAGAUAAUGUCAGUUAACGUUAAUUAGUUGAUGCAAAAAUUAUGAAUAUAUUAUACACUGAAUCCUAAACCUGUUUAAUUAUUUCCCUUACCUUUUAGGUCGACUAAUUUGUAAAGCAGAAUGGACGAUGUAUCCGUCU